AUAAUUUUGUUUCAAGCCACUUAAGGUGCAAACCGCAGGGGAUAGUAUAUCUUUAACUUCUCCACUAGUUCACUGAAUCAGUAACUUCCAUGGCCAGGACUUCUUCUCUGCAUUUUGAAUCCGACGAGUACAGCGCUCGGUCCGCUAGGCUCGUUUCGAAUGUCAAAUUUCUCUUUCGUCUCGUUUGAAAUAGUCUAGGAAUUAUUUAACAACCCACAGGAAAUGCCGACGACCUCCUCAAUUACCCAUUCUCCUGUGCUGAAUAACUCAGCGCGCCAUGGAUUGCUACAAUCCCUGCAAUCCGUAUUUUGGCGCCCCACCCAAGGCUCUCAUCCGAUCUGAUAUCUGGUUCGCCGAUGGAAAUAUUGUCCUCAUCGCCGACUCUGCCGCCUUCAAGGUACACCACGGUCAACUAGAAAGGCACUCGGAGGUGUUCCGUGACUUGUUUUCUGUCCCGCAGCCCCUUGACCAGAACCUCGUCGACGGUUGUCCUUCAGUCGAGCUGCAUGAUCGACCAUCGGAUUUAUACCACCUGCUCAUUGCGUUGUAUGAUGGAAUCUACUUCACGAAGCACACUUCAGCCGAUUUUGGCGCUAUCUCCGCCGUACUCCGUCUUUCCACAAAAUAUUUCAUCGAGCACCUACGCGAACGCUGCGUCGCCCGUCUCGCCAUAGACUGGCCCACAUCACUCCCCGACUGGGAUCGCAGGGAGAACGACGGGAUAGAUCAAAAGGGCCGCUAUAACCCCCGCGACACGCUCCCCCACCCAAUCCUAAUGCUUGAGCUCGCUUACGAGCUCCGCCUCGACGCCUUCCUCCCCAGUGCGUUCUACGACCUCUCUCGUUACGGUCCCAGCAAGAUUCUAGCCGGCACUCGCGGUCCCCCACCCAUCUUCUCCACUGAUGGCGAGCCCGAAGGCCAGCUCGUCCGCCUCUCAGACAAUCACUUGUGCAUGACAUUCCUAGGCCGUGAGGCUGCGCAGAUGUACGUACAUACCUUCCUCGAAUCUGCACUUCGCGACCGCCCGUCAAUCAACUGCACGAACGCAGGGAAGUUGAGCGCCGUGCACUGCGUUGAGUCAUUCUACUUCAUACACCUCAACGUUCUGCGUUCCGUUGGUGGGAUUGCGUGCGGACGUGAUGCAGAUCCGUUGCAUACGCUUCUACAAGCCGCAGAGAUGUUGGAUAGGACAGACUUUUCAGAUGGGGAGAAGACGUGUGGGUUGAAAAUGUGUUCGGUAUGUAAGACUGAGUUUCAGGAUGCCGUUAAGAAGGCAAGGCUGGACGUAUGGGAGCUGAUUCCGGAGUGGUUUGGGCUCAGGGAGUCAUAUUUUGCGGAGGAUAUGAGCUAGAUCUUUUAUAACAUUUAUCGAGGUAUUAUGCUUUCGGAAUGCGCAGUUAUCUCAACAC